AUGGAUAUCCUCCGUGACAAAUGGGGAGAUCUUUCAAGUCCAUGCUCUAAUCGAAUUUCUCCCUUUAGCAAUGCCCGCACAAGGGGUCAAUUCAAGCCGCAGCGCAGUACCAAGGGUAAUUCCAGCUUCCAACUCAGACAAUUCGCCGAAGCGACGCUGGGAAGCGGUAGUCUGCGCAAGGCUGUGAAACUGCCCGAAGGUGAAGACCUGAACGAAUGGCUGGCUGUCAAUGUCGUUGACUUCUACAACCAAAUCAAUCUCCUCUAUGGUUCUAUCACCGAGUUCUGCUCGCCCCAAACCUGCCCCGAGAUGAAGGCCACCGACGAAUUCGAAUAUCUCUGGCAAGAUGCCGCCACCGGCUUUCCCAAACCCACUAAAAUGCCGGCGCCCGAAUACAUUGAACACCUCAUGACCUGGGUGCAGUCCAACAUCGACAAUGAGACCACCUUCCCUUCACGCAUCGGUGUACCCUUCCCCAAGCACUUCCCGCAGACUGUCCGCAACAUCUUCAAGCGUCUGUACCGCGUGUACGCACAUAUCUACUGCCACCACUAUCCGGUAAUUGUGCAUUUGGGCCUCGAGCCGCAUCUGAAUACCAGCUUCAAGCACUACGUGUUGUUUGUGGAUGAGCAUGGCUUGGAGAAAGGCGGAGGGAAGGACUAUUGGGGUCCGCUUGGGGAUCUAGUGGAGAGCAUGUUGAAGAGUGACUGA